UAUCCAGCCGUAUACCAUAUAAAAGAAGAUGGGGGGAGAGGGGACUAGCCAAAUCUUAAAUUAAACAAUCCAAUUUCCAGCUGAUUCUCUGUAUUUUUGUACCACAAACAAACUACACACCAUUUCUCUCUGCUAAAUAUGAAAGCAGAAAUUUUGUACUACCGUUCAUCAAGUUUGUACUCUUCUUCUUGUUAUUAGGAGUAUUAUUAUUGUAAUUCAGCAACUGGCUUUGAUCAAAAUAGAAUAAAAGGAAAUUGAUCUUUUUAUUCUAAGUUAAUGGAGAGUACAGAUUCAUCAAGCGGCUCUCAUCAGCAGCCUCAGCUUCCACCUGGCUUCCGUUUUCACCCUACAGAUGAAGAACUCGUCGUUCACUACCUCAAGAAGAAAGCUGCUUCUGUUCCUCUUCCCGUUGCUAUUAUCGCUGAAGUUGAUCUUUACAAAUUUGAUCCCUGGGAACUCCCUGCUAAGGCGACGUUUGGAGAACAAGAAUGGUAUUUUUUCAGUCCAAGGGAUAGGAAGUAUCCAAAUGGGGCGAGGCCAAACAGAGCGGCAACUUCUGGUUACUGGAAAGCUACCGGAACAGAUAAGCCGGUGCUCACCGCCGGUGGAACUCAAAAAGUGGGUGUUAAAAAAGCACUGGUUUUCUAUGGAGGUAAACCUCCUAAAGGAGUGAAAACCAAUUGGAUCAUGCAUGAAUAUAGACUUGCUGAUAAUAAACCAAAUAACAAGCCCCCUGGUUGUGACGUUGCCAAUAAAAAAUCCUUAAGGCUAGAUGAUUGGGUAUUAUGUAGGAUUUACAAGAAGAACAAUACUCAGAGGCCAAUAGAACAGGAGAGGGACGAUUUAAAUGAUAUAAUGGGAUCAUCAAUUCCAGCAACAUGCAUACCAAAUAACUCAAUGUCAAUAUUUGGUCAACCAAAAGCUAAUUCCAACUAUACUACAUUGCUCGAAACUCAUGACCAGAAUAUAUAUGAUCAAGGUAUGCAAUUUUCUUCAAAGUCGUCGACACAAUUUCCAGUUAAUGUACUCAGUACAAGCUCAAGUGUCCUCCCUUCAAAACGGUCGCUAAAUGGUUUAUAUUGGAACGAAGAAGCAGCAGCUAAUGAUAAUUCCCAAUCUACAAAAAGGUUUUUAGCCGAGAAUAUUAAUAAUAUGGACGAUGGUUUAAGCAUGAAUGUGAGAUCAGAUCAUGAACAGAAUGGCUCUAUUGCAAGUCUUUUGAGUCAACUUCCUCAAACUCCGUCACUUCAACAACAACAACAACAACAAAUUCUGCAGGGGUCUCUUAGUGAUGGAGUUUUUCGACAACCUUAUUCGGGGAUGAACUGGUAUUCUUAAUUAGACAUCAAAAAAAGUUAGUGUGAAUCAUAUUACUUAUACAAUAUUACAUACAGGAUCCGCUAACUAAUUAUUGUCACAGAAUUUUCGCAGAAUACAAACGAGGGUGUUAAUUAGAUUAGUGGGAUUGCUGGAUUAUUUGGGUAUUGAGUUUUUUUGUUGGUAGCUAAGAAAUUUAAAAAAGACAGAAAUUUUAGAUGAUUUACAGUUUACUUUGGGGAGCGAUUGAGUCUGUGUAAGCAAAAUUAAAAGCUUAGGUGAGGCCAUGUAUAUUUUUGCUUUAACUGUCUGUCUUUAUAGUAUAUAAUAUACAUUAAAAAUCCAUACACCUCCAAGGUUUGACUGUGAAUAUAUAGCUAGAGAUGCAUAGAAACAAAUCUUGUAAUCUUCCUGUAGAGAAUUACAACAUAUAUGUAUUUGAUAUUAUAUUGGGAAAAAAAUAUAUUCUGCACAUAAUAUUCCAUA